AACAAUAAAAAUUUGUAUUAUGAAAUUUCUUUUAAUAAAUUUUUAAAUUAAAUUUACCAUAAAUUUUAAUAAUAUUAAUUAGCAAUAAACAUAUUUUUAUAUUAAAAAUUUAAUAAUUUGACAAAUAAUUCAUUAAUGAGUAGUGUUGACAAAAAAACAAAAAAUAAAUUUAUAUAAACAAGUACAUGUAAAAUAAACAAUAUAUUAAAAUGUUGAUAAAAUUAAUAAAUCGUGUAUUAAAAGGUGAAAUAAAAAGUGAAAAAAUACUCGAUUGGUUAACGACAGAUAAUCCUUUGGAUAUUGUAUUUCCGGAUGUCGUACAAAAUGAAUCAACAAGAGUUGAAUUUGUCCUCACCUUUCUUGAUUAUUUACGUGAACAAUGCCAAGGAAUACUCGAGCCUGGAACAAAUGAAUCAAAUGGUCUCCCUCAAACUCCAUCAAAAAAAGAUAAAAUAAAUACAAUUAUUGACAACAAUAAUGACACAUUAAACAAACAAAGUGACAAAAAUAAAAAUUUAGAAAAUAGAAUGUUAAGACUUGAUUUGUCGAGUGACAAUAAAACAACAAUUUUAGAUUCUCCAAAUCGUCAAUGUGAUAGUUAUCAAACUAGUACACCAGUUAAAACAAUAAUUCAUCAAAAAAAUAAAAGUUUUAAUGCAUCAUCAUCAUCAAAUUUUACAAAUAUAUUAUCACCAACAAAUUCAAGUGCCUUACGUUCUGAUAAUCAAUCAUCAUCAUCAACAGCUGGAAUAGUUAAUAUAAGCUUUGGUGAUGUAUCAAUUGAUUCAUCAAUCAGCUCACCACAAACAACUAAAAAUUCAAUAUUUAAUGACUCAAUUAUAUCAAGUUCAUCAGCAGUAGCAUCUAGUCCAUUAUCACCACUCUAUACAAGCCAAGUGUCCACUAAAAAUAGCUCUAGAAAUAAUAAAAGAUCAAAUAAUAAAAAUAACUCACAAAAUUUAGAUAAAUCACAAAAUAAAAAAAGUUUUACACUUGCUGAUUUUGUUGAUACGACAAAUACAAAAGUAUUUAAAAAUGAUGCUAGUACUGAAAAAGAUGAUAAUAAUACGAAAAAUAAAUCAAGAUCUAGAAGACGAAUUAAACCAACAAAAUUAAAUGUAUCAAGUUGUCAAGAUAAUCAACAACAACAAGUAUUUGGUAUAAUAACAAGACCAGUUAUAAAAAAUCCUCAAUUUUAUUCAGCAGAACCAACGGAAAAUAAUAUUGCCUCAUUUGAAACUGAAAGAGAAUUAUUAAAAUUAGAAAGACAACGACAAAUUGACGUACCAAUAACAGAUACAAGCAAUAUUGAACAAAAAUGUUUAAUAACACAAACAAAAACAUCAACUAUUAUAUUGGCAAAAAUUGAGCUUGUUGAUGAAAUUAAAAGUUUAGAUAUAUUAGCAAAUAUUUAUGGUCAAUUAAUUAGUAAUAAUUUAGUACCAAAUCCAAUGAGUGAAUUGUAUUUUAUAAUAACACUGAUAACAUCACAAUUUAAAAAUACAGAUUCACAUACAAAUUCAGAUAGUUUCAAUAAGCUCAAAGAAAAUAUGGGUUGUCAAGAAAUAUGUGAUGAUAAAAAUAUUAUUAUUAAUCAUGAAAAUGAUAGAGAUAAAUCAACCAAUGAGACACAAUAUUUAUCAACAAUUCAUCAGUGUAUUUAUUUUGCAACAAAAGUACUUGCAAGUCUAAAAAAUUUAUUAACAGCUUUAGACAGAACGACAAUUAAAUUAUUAUCACAAAAUAUUAAUGUCAUUAAUUUUCAAUCAGAUUUACAUGAUUAUUUGACAAAACUUUAUGAUGAAAAAUACAAAGAGUCAAGAAUAUUCAAACAAAAUGAGCAGCAGUCCACUGAACAAACAAAUGUUUGUUUUCAUGUUGAAACAGAUAAUCUUGAUCAUUUUCCUUCACCAUUGUCAUUUUCAACAUUUAGAAAACAACGUGAUUUAUUUUAUGAAAUUAUAAAAAUUUGGGAAGACAAUCAUUUGUCACCAGAUUGGAAUUUUUCAAGUUCACUUGGACGUAAAAUAAAUACAAUGUUAACAAUGCACAAUGACACUGUUAAUUAUUUUCAUAUUGCACGUUUAUUUAAAUCACAACUUUUAAUAUCAUCAAUGCAAUAUGGACAAGUUGAAAAUCCAAUAAUAACUGAUGACUACAAUAACAUACUGGAAUCAUUGAAAAAUAUUAAUCCAGAAAAGCUAAAACAAUUACAAGAACGUUUAGUAACACCAGUCCAGUCAAUUGGUCCAGUUCCAAAACCAUUAUUUUUUGGUGUACAAGAAUUUUAUCGUGAUUUUUUAUUAACAUCAUCAAACGCAAUAUUUAAUACGAUACUUGAAAAUAGUCUAAUUCAAGAAAUAACAUUAUUAAAUAAUACAAAAUUUACAUGCAGUGAUUUGGAUAUUAAAUCUGAAAAGAGUGUCGAUGAAAAUACUAAAGAAAAAUAUAUGAUUUGCAUAUCAAAUCUUCGUGUAUUAUCAAAAUUUCUUGGUUUUUUAAUAAGUAUACCAUAUAAAAGUGAAAUAAAUAAUUUAGAUAUAAUAAGUACACAAAUAUCAUUGAGAAAUAAUUAUAUACCAUCAUUGGAUUUGUUGAGUUACAUAAAUGAUGCAAUUAAAAAUGGUAAAUUAUCAUUAACAAUACCUUGGAUUGUUGAAUACUUAGCAAUGCUUGAUGUAGUAUCACUUAGACUAUCAUAUUACAUUAAAAUACUUGAAAUAUUAUAUUGCAUUUAUCGUACGUCAAAUAAAUAUAUGUGCAAUGAGGCAUCAUUGUUGAUUACAUUCUCAAUUGGUUGGCUAUUUGAACAGCCUAAUUUUCCAAAAAAUUUAUACUGCAAUUGGCAAAUGAAAUUUAGCCAAUUAUCUUAUGAACAAUUGGGUAUUGUUAAUGAUGAUAAUAAUGUUAUUAAAAAACAAUUAAAUGUCAAUACACUUGUCAAAGAACAAAAUAGCCAUAAUAAUAAUAAUAUUAUAUUAGAUAAAAUGAAUUUAAUUGAUGUUAGAGCACUGUACAUAUGUUGUCCAUUUUUACGUGAAUUUAAAAUAUUAUUAACACAUGGUAAAACAAAUAUUAGUCAAAAUAAUACAUCAAAAAGACAUAUAACACCUGUGUCAUGUCAGCUAUCACAACCAUCAAGUCAAACAAAAGCUAAAACAAUUGAGUUACAACUUGAAGAAGCAUUUUUUCAUGGUCAUCAAAGUUCGGUUAAAAAUACUGUUGAUUUUGUUGCUGAAAGAGUUGCAUCAAGUUGUGUUAAAUAUAUUUGUCGUAUUAUCAUACCAGAUAUUAAAAAUAAACAUUUAUUGAUGAUGAAAAAAUUUAUUGAUAAUGAUAGAGACAAGAGACCAGAUUCUACUUGUGCAGAAAUAUUACAAAUGAUGAGUGAUAAAUUUUCAAAUAUUAUUAUUGAUGUUACUGAUGAGAUAAGAAAUAAAAUUGAUGAAAUUAUUACAGCUAUGUGUAAAGAUAGAAUUACCAAUGCAAUGACUUCGUUACUUGCUGAAGACAUGCAUGAACAAGUUAAAAAUAUGUGUAUUCAAAUUUCAAUAAGAAUGUCACUUGAAAGAAUUCAUCAGUGGUUUGAUUCAUAUAUUAAAGAUGCAUUUUCAUCAAAAGAUUUUUAUACAAAAUCAUUGUCAAUGAGUAAUAAAAAUGUUGAUAAAACUUUACCACCAUUUUCAUUGAUGACGAGUAAAAAAAUAAUUCAUAAUGAUAAUGCACUAGCUCCAACAUUGGUGAUAAAUGCUGUGAGAAAUAUGAUGUGGGAAUUAAUUGAAAAACAUGGUAAAUGGGCAAUUGUUACUAAAGAUAAUAUUUUAAAAAUUUUAAAUAAUCUUGAAGAAACAUUUUGCCAAAGAAUUGAUCUUGUUCAUUCUGUUAAAAGUAUGAUGUAUCCAUUGAGUUUUGAUUUUGCUCUACAUAUUAUUGUAUUUGACAGACAAUUAUUUGACAUUGAUGUUGAGGAUAAAUUUAUAGUCAUUUGGAAAAUAUGUAAAAAUGAUCAAUUUGAUCAAUUAUUUGCUGGACUUUUAUCACCAAGAAAUAUGAAACUUUUUACUCAAACAUUUGAUCCAUUGGUCUGGCAAAGAUAUGGAAUUUUAAUUAGAAGAUUGUUAAAAGAAAAUUUAAUUGAAAUGGAAAAUUUUAGUGAUCAGUGUAUUGCACUUUUUAGACAUGAAUGGCCGAUAAAUAUUUUACGAGGAGUUGCUCAACUUUUAACUGAAACUAUUGACAAACACAAAUGUACUGAUGAACAUGCAGAAAAAAUUAAAUAUUUUAUUGAUUGGACUGCUGAAAUGUGUGCUGGUUUUGAUUUUUAAUUGUUUUAAUUGUUUUUUUUUUUUUUAAUUUUAAUUUUUGUAUUAUUAUUAUUAUUAUAAAUAAAUAAAUGAAUCUUUUUGACAAAAA